AUGGGAAAGCGAAGCCUUGCAGCGGUGAACGGCGAGGAGGAGGUUGUCGCGCAGCAGCAGCAGACGCCAGGCAAAAAGUCGAAGAAGAUCAAGGUGGAGGCCGCCGAUGAGACGCUGGAUGAGACGAUCAUCACCGAGGAAAAUGGCGGUGAAAAUGGUGAAGCCGCCGAUGAGACGCUGGAUGAGACGAUCAUCACCGAGGAAAAUGGCGGUGAAAAUGGUGAAGCAACUAACGGCGGACAACCCAAAACGCGUCGCGACCUGAUGGAGCUGCCAUACGACACGAAGCUCUCCUUCGUCUCCGUGAUCGCCAAUCCAAUGGCCAACAAGAAGCUCGGCAAGAAGCUCUUCAAGUUGAUGCGCAAAGCGGGCAAGGUGUCGCGGAAGACGCUGCUUCGAAUUGGCCUCAAGGACGUCCAGCUGCGAAUUCGAAAGGGUGAAAAGGGCAUUGUUGUCUUUGCGGGCGAUGUGACACCGAUUGAGAUCAUGUGCCACCUGCCGGCAGUCUGCGAGGAGAAGGAGAUUCCCUACAUUUACGUUCCAUUUAGAACUGACAUCUCCACGGCCAUCGGCAUCCGCAGACCGGCGCUGAUGGUGCUGAUCAAGAAGCACGACGACUUUGCCGAGCUGUACGACGAGUGCGAGGCGAAAAUCAAAGAGCAAUCGUCGCCGGCUUAA